AUGGCAUGGGAUCCUUCCUCUAUCAUCGUCGUCCCCUUGGCCUUAUUGGCCCUCCUUGCAGCCUUCCCUCCCAUACUUGUUCAGUUGCGGGCUAAGAACUUUGCAGCCUCGGUUCUCCUGAUCGGCAUCACCAUCCUGAACAUCCAAAACUUCGUCAAUGCUGUGAUAUGGUCGUCUGACAAUCCUCACGACUGGUGGGAUGGAAAAAUACUGUGUGACAUCGAAGUCAAACUCUACAUUGGGAUAUUCCAGGCCGUUGAAGGGGCAAUUGCGAGCCUUUUCCGACAGAUCUCGAUCAUCCUCGAUCCAGACCGCAUGACUGUUACCCCUUGCCCGCAACAGCGCCGAACCACCCGCACGAUAGAACUCCUUCUUUGUAUUAUCUUGCCUAUACUCGUCAUGGCUGGCCAUUAUUUGGUUCAGAAGGAAAGAUACUGGCUCAGAGAGGUGGCGGGAUGCGUGUUGUCCUACGACAACGAUUGGGUGGCGCCUUUCGUGACUUACGGAUGGCCCAUGGUCGUUUGUCUCAUCGGGAGCGUCUACUGUCUGAUCUCGGUCGUUCGCCUCUGGCGGCAUCGCAAGCAGGUUUCGGUCCUGCUUGCGCCUACUCCUGGUGCCACGACCUCCCGAUUCUUCAGGCUUUUCGCGCUUGCGUUGGUCCUUCUGGUGGUAUAUUGCCCGCUGGCCAUCUUCGCCUUUAUACAAAACGUUCGUGUGCCAAUGCAUAUGUAUUCUUGGUCAUACAUCCAUCCCUCUGACUGGUCGGAAAGAAUCAUCCUGGAGCCCGAGCCUGCCAUGGAACCCACCUCGCAGGCCUUCCCCUUCGACCGGUGGGCGCAAAUUAUCGCGGCAUAUGUAUCGUUCGCAUGUUUCGGGCUGGGUCAGGACGCCAUCCGGAUGUACAAGAACUGGGCUGCAAGAGCGAAGAGCUGUUUUCGUGGAGGCUUCAACGGAAACGUCAAGUCGGCCCCAAAAACACCCCAGAACAACCCUUUGGGUGGAAGUCAGACAAGCGCCACAUUCGCUGUGUACGAGCUUUCGCCAGACGACAAUUCGAACCCAACUCCGCACUCACCAGCCUCGGGUACAAAUCACUGA